UACUGCACUGGCCAGAAUAAGUUGGAUCUCGUCUGUCUUCACUGAAAUCCAAAAUCAUAUCAAAACUAUGGCGGUGUUGAGAAUAAGAAAAAUGAGCUACUUUGGGGUUUGGACCUUUCCUGUAAUAGUGGCGGUGGUCUGUGCGCAAAGUGUCAAUGACCCUAGCAAUAUGUCAAUCGUAAAAGAAACGGUGGAUAGACUGUUGAAAGGAUAUGACAUUCGCUUGAGGCCGGAUUUCGGAGGUCCCCCUGUGGGAGUGGGGAUGAAUAUAGACAUAGCCAGCAUAGACAUGGUAUCUGAAGUCAAUAUGGACUAUACAUUGACUAUGUAUUUCCAGCAAGCUUGGCGAGACAAGCGGUUAUCCUACUCAGAGAUUCCCCUCAAUCUCACCCUGGAUAACCGGGUAGCGGAUCAGCUGUGGGUCCCGGACACCUACUUCCUAAAUGACAAGAAGUCUUUUGUCCAUGGUGUCACAGUGAAAAACAGAAUGAUUCGACUGCAUCCAGAUGGCACUGUGCUCUAUAGCCUGAGGAUCACCACUACAGCAGCUUGUAUGAUGGACCUGAGACGAUAUCCACUGGACGAGCAAAACUGCACAUUGGAGAUAGAGAGCUAUGGGUACACCACUGAUGACAUAGAGUUCUACUGGCGAGGAGGUGACAACGCUGUGACGGGGGUGGAGAGAAUAGAACUCCCCCAGUUCUCCAUUGUGGACCACAAACUCAUCUCCAAGAAUGUUGUCUUCUCUACAGGAUCCUACCCCCGACUCUCCCUCAGCUUCAAGCUAAAGAGGAACAUUGGCUAUUUCAUCCUGCAGACCUACAUGCCCUCUAUCCUGAUCACAAUCCUCUCCUGGGUCUCCUUCUGGAUCAACUAUGAUGCCUCUGCUGCCAGAGUGGCUUUAGGAAUCACCACUGUGCUGACCAUGACCACCAUCAACACUCACCUGCGGGAAACCCUUCCUAAAAUCCCUUAUGUCAAGGCCAUUGACAUGUACCUGAUGGGCUGCUUCGUCUUCGUUUUUCUGGCCCUGCUGGAGUACGCCUUGGUCAACUACAUCUUCUUCGGCAGGGGACCCCAGCGCCAGAAGAGGGCGGCUGAGAAAGCAGCUGUCGCCAACAACGAGAAAAUGAGAAUGGAUCCAAACAAGUGGUUGGUGGGAAAUGUAGUUCAGAGAGACGAUACUCUGUAUGCGAGAAUGAAGCAGAGGGAUAUUGACGCUCAUGACUCUAUGUGGGAACCAAUCUUUGUGGAUGAUGCAGCGAUGGGACUAGGCGAGCAAAAGAAUAAGAUGGACCCACAUGAAAACAUUCUACUGGGCACAAUAGAAAUUAAGAAUGAGAUGGGAGCGUCGGAGCUGACCCUUGGUCUCAGUGACCCCAGGAGCACAAUGUUAACUUAUGACAGCUCCACCCUGCAGUACCGCAAAGCAGGGCUGCAGGCCAGGCACAACUUUGGACGCAACACUCUGGAGCGGCAUGUGACUCAGAAGAAGAGCCGGCUACGGAGGCGUGCUUCCCAGCUGAAGAUUAACAUUCCCGACUUAACUGAUGUAAACUCUAUCGACAAGUGGUCGAGAAUGAUCUUCCCCACUGUAUUUUCCUUGUUCAACAUUAUCUAUUGGCUCUACUACGUCAACUAAAUGGACUUCAGCAAGGGCAGAACAAAACAAACAACGAAAAUGUUGCUUGUUUUUCUCUGAAUUGGUAUCAUUUUGCUGUUUGUUCUUGCAACACAAGACUGAAUUACUAAAACAAAAUCAAGACUGAUUCCAUUUGAGCUUGGAACACCUUAAUUGCUGGCUAACACAUGAAAACCUUAGAGGAGAGAAAGAUUCAGAACAUAUAUGGUGCCUGUACCAGAGUUUUUGUUUAUAAUUUAGAAUAUUUAGUGAAUAUAAUAUUUUAUCAUUUUAAAUGUUUGUUUGCAUAUAUUUUUGUUUUAUUUGUACAAUCUAUAUUUAAUUUGUUGCCAAAACAUAGAAAUAUUAAUGAUAUAUUGAUUUUAAAAUGACUCACAGACCACAAAGACAUUCCUUAAAACAGCUACAAGCACAUUCAGGUCAAUCUUUUCUAAGAUGUAUUCCUUCAAAGAGACAGAUGUAAUGUUAUUUAUCCUACAUUUGAUUUUGUCUUUAUAUUGUGAAGUUUCACAUUUUCAUAGUAUUGCUAUAUUAAGUCAUAGCAUGAGGGUUUUAUGAUCAACCAACCUUUUCUACGUUGAUAUAGUUGACAAAUCAUACACUUUCUUUUAAGCAUGAUUUCAAUUCUAAGGAAACAUUUGAUAGUGUAGUAGAUAUUUUAAACAACAGAAACUAACAUCAUUCCAAACCUUGACCGAAGAAACUAGAAGGUAAAGCUUAUAGACGAUUCACAUUGAACGCUAUAGGACACUGUACAGAGAAAUGUAUCACUAAAGCCUUUGAUUCCUGGUUUAACAUUGUUUUCUUAGCUUAUUCACUCAGAAAAGGUACAGAAUAUUCACUUGAUUGAUCAAAUUUCACGCCCCCUGUCAACUGAGAGGUUGAAUAUAUUGCAAAAAAAGGGAAAGAAGAAGAGAGAGAAACUGAGAAAGAGAAUGCUGCAUUAGUCAUCAAUGCAGUUCAAGAGUCAGUGAUACAGGGAUAGAUACUGUAUAUGAUCAAAGAUAUCUUGAAGAUAGAUGCACAAAUGUGUAUCUUAAUUUUGUCCUCUGUCCAUUUUAGUCCUUUGUUCACAUAUCCUUAAGAUUACAGGAUACAAUGAUGUAUUUGUUCAUACUUGCUCUUCAUAUAGAUAUACAGAAUCACAAAUUGGCUCUAGUUUGUUAAGAAACAUCAGAUAGCAUCUGAUAUGUCAUUCCUAUUCCUAAUGACUGAUGACAUUGAGCCAGCAGUUAAGGCGUCUAUCAUGGGUAUUUUGUGAUGCAUCACAAGCCAUUAUUUUCUAUCACAAUGAUGUGUAAAUAUCUCCUGUAAAUGAUUGUUUAAAAAGGAAUGAUAUCUAUCAUAGUUCCAGAGAGGAUCCAUCCAGCAUUUGUCCAUGAUAUAAUUCACUUCAGGAAGCUGGAAGGGUUUGAAUGACGGUUUUGAGCAACUCCACAUACUAAACAUACAUUGUCAUUACUGCCAUUUUAAACAUCCAGGUUUCGAUAUUAACCAUACAAAGGAACAUGUAUGAAAGAGAGAAAAGCCUGCUCUGCAAGCUGGUAAGAUAAACCAGAAUGCAUAAAAGCACAACACUGCUCCAAAUCACAAUUGAAAAGGGACUGUCCUCUUUUAUUUUAAAGAUAUGUUUCUUUUUGGUUAUCAGUGCAUUCCAUUACUCUACUUUUCUGACAAACCAUUACUAUAAGUAUACUGUAACAAUACUACUUUUCCUUAAAUUUUUAACUUAAUAGUGAAACUCCAUAAAGAAUCACGCCAAGGUAUGGCACCGCCAGUAGUAGAAUCAGCAUUCAACAUACAGUGCAUUCGGAAAGUAUUCAGACACCUUGACUUUUUCCACAUUUUAUUACGUUACAGCAUCAUUCUAAAAUUGAUUAAAUCGUUUUUUCCCCCUCAUCUACAC